UUACUGUGCGCUGAUAAAAAAACGCGUCACGUCAGGUGGACCCUUUAGAAAGCUGUAAUACGCCCCAAAAACAAACAUUUAACUUUUGUAUUCACAGGGUGUUUGCACCAGGCUAAAUGCUCAUUGUGUGUCUGGUCAUAUCAGUAGAAACUGAUCUCAGACAUAUGACUGAUGUCACAAUGGGUAUAAGAGCUGUGGCCAGGCCCUCGCCCACCUGUUCCUGGGCCGGUGACCGUCGACACUGUCAGACCACAGCAACCUCAGGAGGAGAGAUCAGCGAUGGCGUUCCAGUCCAAUGUGAUCAGCUCGCAGCCUCAGGUCUCAGUCACCCAGUACACUGUGUCUCCUGGAAUGUCGGAUUGGAGCUCAAAUGUGUGCGACUGCUGUGAUGACUGUGGAAUCUGUCUUUGUGCCACAUUCGUCCCGUGUAUUCUUGGCUGUAAGGUGGCUCAGGACAAUGGGGACAGCUGCUGCAUCCCCUUCCUUCCUGGUGCGAUGAUAGCUCUGAGGACGAGCAUCCGCAGCAGACACCACAUUCAAGGCUCAGUGUGUGAUGACUGGGUUGUCAUGGCCUGCCUGCCUCUGUGUGGACUGUGUCAGAUGGCCCGGGAGCAGAAGAUGAGAAGAUAAAAGAAUCUAUAAAUAAGAAGGCACUUGUGGAAAACGUUCAUUUCUUGGUCUGGACACCAGUUCUCCAUCUCACAUUCCAGUUUGCUUUAUUCACACAAGUUUUCAACAUAAUAAUAAUAGCUGUAAGAUCAGACUGAACUGCAAUUUUAUUUGUCUUUAUUAUUUUGUACUAAUAUACUAUAUACUGUAUCUAAUAUACAUAUUUAUACACAUCACAGGUGUGGGCAGGUUUUCAGUGAGUUGGGAGAAAAUAAAUAUUUCAUUAGGCCUAAACCUUUACACCGAACCAACGUCUCUCAUGUCCAGUUAAACAGCGACUCACUGUGUUGAAAUUGUCUUCAUGCAACAAACUGGCGAACAAAUGAAGAAGGAAAGGCGGAUCUUCACACUUCAGUGUGACGCAACAAGUUUAUUGUGGUGAAUUUACAAGAGUUAAUACUUUUGAAUAUAUUAGUAUCAGAAUAUUGUUCCCAUUGCAUAUUAGUAACAUGUUCAUCAAUUAAUACAGAAAAUAAAUAUGAUGUAUUUAAUGGCAAAUGCAUUCAAACAACAGUGUUUCAAUAAAACUUUGUUGGAUUAUCA